CUGCUUAAAGGCGCAGAAAAGAUAAGCGGAAACAAAGUCAGAACCGAGAGGGAGUUAGCCUAAUCGUUUUCUCUCAUUCGCUCCAAUGGAGUCCGCAUUGCCCUUAUCAGGGACCACGAUAGCGCUCUUCACGGUCUCCGGAGCCCUAAGCCGCCACCGCCUGUGUACGGCUCCUCUGACUCAACUCCUAACUCGCCGACUCAGAUGCACUAGCGCUUUCGCUUUCUCGUCAACUCCGAGGAGUCUGUGCGCCGCGGCGGCGGUGCCUCAUGUACGACGCCGUCCGCAGUGCUUGUCGAGCUCCGCUGCUUCCUUCGGGUCUGGCGGUGGCGGGUUCGGCGGAGAGAGCGGAGGCGGAGGUGGUGGUGGUGAGAAUGGAUCGGACGGUGGGAAUGCAAAGGGGAAUUUGGUCGCCGGAGGGCCUGAGGAGGCCUCGGCGCUCUCGUCUGAUGUGAUAAUGCUCGAUGUUGGAGGAAUGACUUGUGGAGGAUGUGCAGCGAGUGUGAAAAGAAUUCUAGAGAGUCAACCACAAGUGUCGUCUGCUAGUGUGAAUCUGACGACAGAGACAGCUAUAGUAUGGCCUGUAUCUGAAGCCAAGGUUACACCGAAUUGGCAAAAACAGUUAGGAGAGGCACUGGCAAAGCAUUUGACUAGCUGUGGUUUUAAGUCCAACCUUCGAGAUUCAGGAAGAGACAAUUUCUUCAGAGUAUUUGAAAAGAAAAUGGAAGAAAAGCGUAAUCGCUUAAAAGAAAGUGGUCGUGAGCUUGCUGUUUCCUGGGCUUUAUGUGCUGUCUGCCUCUUUGGCCAUCUCUCUCAUUUCUUUGGAGCUAAGGCUUCAUGGAUACAUGCAUUUCAUUCCACUGGUUUCCAUCUCUCCUUGUCUUUGUUUACGUUGCUUGGUCCUGGGCGUCAACUUAUCAUUGAUGGUGUUAAAAGCCUUUUCAGAGGGGCUCCAAACAUGAACACAUUAGUUGGUCUUGGGGCUUUAUCAUCAUUUACAGUUAGUUCGUUAGCUUCCUUAAUGCCUAAACUGGGUUGGAAGGCUUUCUUUGAAGAACCGAUUAUGUUAAUAGCAUUUGUCUUGUUAGGAAGGAAUCUUGAGCAGAGAGCCAAAAUUAAAGCAACCAGUGAUAUGACUGGACUUCUCAGUAUUUUACCAUCAAAAGCUCGUCUUCUGGUCAAUGAUGAUGCAGACGGGUUGGGCUCAACAGUUGAAGUUCCUUGUAACAGUCUCUCUGUUGGAGACCAAAUUGUUGUACUUCCUGGAGAUCGUGUUCCAGCAGAUGGAGUAGUCAGAGCUGGUAGAAGUACCAUUGACGAGUCUAGUUUCACAGGGGAGCCACUGCCAGUGACCAAAUUACCUGGGAGUCAAGUUGCAGCUGGAAGCAUAAAUCUUAAUGGAACUCUUACAGUUGAAGUGCGGAGGCCAGGUGGUGUGACCGCAAUGGGAGACAUUGUUCGUUUGGUAGAAGAAGCACAAAGUAGGGAAGCUCCUGUACAGCGGUUGGCUGACAAGGUUUCUGGGCAUUUUACUUAUGGAGUAAUGGCACUCUCUGCCUCUACAUUCGUGUUUUGGAAUAUGUUUGGUGCACACAUUCUACCUGCUGCGUUUUAUAAAGGAAGUUUGGUCUCAUUGGCAUUGCAGCUCUCUUGUAGUGUUCUGGUAGUUGCUUGCCCUUGUGCACUAGGCUUAGCCACACCGACUGCUGUGCUGGUUGGAACAUCAUUAGGAGCAACAAGAGGACUGCUUUGGCGUGGUGGUAAUAUAUUAGAGAAGUUUUCAAUGGUCGACACUAUUGUAUUUGACAAAACAGGGACCCUUACAAUUGGCAGACCUGUUGUGACAAAGGUUGUGACUCCUGGACAUGUUGGAAGCACAGAUGCAAAAGAAAAUUCCCAUCAUACCUGGUCCGAAGUUGAGGUUCUGAAGUUAGCAGCUGGUGUAGAGUCAAAUACAGUUCAUCCAGUUGGGAAAGCAAUUGUGGAUGCUGCUCGGGCUGUUAAUUGUCAGAAUGCAAAGGUGGUGGAUGGAACAUUCAUGGAAGAACCUGGGUCUGGUACAGUAGCCAUUAUUGGAAACAAAAAGGUCUCUGUUGGCACAUUGGACUGGAUUCGAAGGCAAGGAGCUAAUGAGAAUCCAUUUCAAGAAGUGGAAGAGCCUAAGAAUCAGUCCUCCGUCUUUGUUGGAGUAGAUAACUCUGUUGUUGGUCUUAUUUAUUUUGAGGAUCAAAUCAGGGAAGAUGCUGGAUUUGUGGUUGAAUCUUUGUCUAGGCAGGGAAUUGACACGUACAUGCUGUCUGGGGACAAGAGAAGUACUGCCGAAUAUGUUGCAUCUGUUAUUGGUAUUCCAAAAGAAAAGGUAGUAUCUGGAGUUAAACCAGAUGACAAGCAGAAGUUCAUAACUGAACUUCAGAAGGGUCAGAGCAUUGUAGCCAUGGUUGGUGAUGGAAUUAAUGAUGCUGCUGCCUUGGCUUCAUCAGAUAUUGGAAUUGCCAUGGGUGGGGGUGUUGGAGCUGCUAGUGAGGUGUCUUCUAUUGUGCUGAUGGGCAAUAGGCUCUCACAGUUGCUCGAUGCUUUGGAGCUCAGCAGGCUAACCAUGAAGACUGUCAAGCAAAAUCUCUGGUGGGCUUUUGCAUACAAUAUUGUUGGAAUUCCAAUUGCUGCCGGAAUGUUGCUGCCAGUAACUGGGACCAUGUUGACUCCAUCAAUUGCGGGAGCCCUCAUGGGUUUGAGUUCUAUUGGAGUGAUGACCAAUUCAUUGCUUUUGAGAUACAAAUUUUCCAAAAAACGAAAACAGGUGUACGGUUCAUAUGCAAAUUCCAAAAUUCAUUCGGAUUCUGAUCUUCUCGCUGACCAGAAAGAGAAGAAAUAGAGGCACCAUGAUUCUGAUUCUAGAUGGAGAGAGAGAGAUGAUUACAGAAGAAUAACAUGGAAGAAAUUAGAGGGAUUCUUUGAAAUGAGCAUUUGCAUAUGAAUGGUUAGGGGGUGUAAACGAGCUGAGCUACUCGUGAGCUUACUCGAGAUCGGCUCGUAUAAACUCGACUCGUGCUCGAAUUGAUUAUUAAAUGAACUAUUCGUGAACACGAAAUUAAACUCGAUUAUUAAAC